UGCAAUCAACACGGUGCCGCUAGCAUUUCCACAAUAUGGGGAAGCUCACUGACAGCAUGCUCACUACACGUUAACAUAGGAAUGAGGACACUAUAGUGGGUUAUUUUUGUGUGUGUUGUAUGUUUAGGUAAAGCUGCCAAAAUGGUGAAAGAACAGUUCAGGGAGACAGAUGUGGCCAAGAAAAUAAGCCACAUCUGCUUUGGAAUGAAGUCUCCUGAGCAGAUGCGUCAGCAGGCUCACAUCCAGGUGGUCAGUAAAAAUCUGUACAGCCAAGACACAAAACGCACUCCACUGCCCUAUGGAGUGUUGGACCACCGUAUGGGUACCAGUGAAAAAGACCGCCCAUGUCUGACUUGUGGAAAGAAUCUGGCAGAUUGUUUGGGGCACUAUGGCUACCUGGAUCUGGAGCUGCCAUGUUUUCAUGUUGGCUAUUUCAAAGCCAUCAUAGGAAUUUUGCAGAUGAUUUGCAAGACGUGUUCAAGCAUAAUGUUGACCAAAGACGAGAAGCUGCAGUUCAUUGAUUUCUUGAAGCGGCCUAGCCUGACCUAUCUCCAGAAACGAGGUUUGAAGAAGAAGAUCUCUGACAAAUGCCGCAAAAGGACAAUUUGUCUGAACUGUUCUGCUUUUAAUGGACCAGUGAAAAAGUGUGGCCUGCUUAAGAUCAUCCACGAGAAGUAUAAAACGACCAAGAAGGUGGUGGAUUCUUUUGUGUCAGAGUUCAUGCAGUCAUUUGAUAUUGCCAUCGAACACAACAAAAUCAUGGAGCCUCUGCUGACCAGAGCACAGGAAAACUUGAACCCUCUCGUGGCACUGAACCUCUUCAAAAGGAUUCCCCAAGAAGACAUUCCCUUGCUUCUGAUGAAUCCCGAGACUGGUAAACCUGCUGAUCUCAUCCUCACCCGCCUCCUGGUGCCGCCUCUGUGCAUACGACCCUCUGUGGUCAGUGACCUGAAGUCGGGGACCAACGAGGACGACCUCACCAUGAAGCUCACAGAGAUAAUCUUCCUCAACGAUGUUAUCAAAAAGCAUCGUAUGACAGGGGCGAAGACUCAGAUGAUCAUGGAGGACUGGGACUUCCUCCAGCUGCAGUGUGCUCUCUACAUCAACAGCGAGCUUUCUGGCAUCCCUCUCAACAUGGCACCUAAGAAAUGGACCAGAGGAUUCGUGCAGAGACUCAAGGGGAAGCAAGGUCGGUUCAGAGGAAACCUCUCAGGUAAAAGAGUGGACUUCUCUGGCAGAACUGUCAUUUCUCCUGACCCAAAUCUGAGGAUCGACGAAGUGGCUGUCCCAGUACAUGUGGCUAAAAUCCUGACUUAUCCAGAGAGGGUGAACAAAGCUAAUCUGGAACUAAUGAGGAAACUCGUUCGCAACGGUCCUGAUGUUCACCCCGGAGCCAACUUUAUUCAGAAUCGUCACACACAGAUGAAAAGGUUCCUGAAAUAUGGAAAUCGUGAGAAGAUUGCUCAAGAGCUGAGAUUUGGUGAUGUGGUUGAAAGGCACUUAAUUGAUGGAGACAUCGUUCUCUUCAAUCGACAACCCUCUUUGCAUAAACUCAGCAUCAUGGCUCAUAUUGCCAGGGUAAAACCUCACAGGACUUUUAGGUUCAAUGAGUGUGUAUGCACGCCCUACAACGCUGACUUUGAUGGAGAUGAAAUGAACCUCCAUCUGCCUCAGACCGAGGAAGCUAAAGCUGAGGCCCUGGUCCUGAUGGGGACAAAAGCAAAUCUUGUUACGCCACGAAAUGGGGAACCUCUGAUUGCUGCUAUUCAAGACUUUCUAACGGGGGCCUACCUCUUAACUCUGAAGGACACCUUCUUUGACAGAGCAAAGGCUUGUCAGAUAGUGGCAUCAAUCCUGGUGGGAAAAGAUGAAAAAGUCAGAGUCUCUCUCCCGCACCCGGCCAUAAUGAAGCCCAUGGCUCUGUGGACGGGCAAGCAAAUCUUCAGCCUCAUUUUGAAGCCAAGUAAAGAAUGUCCAGUCAUGGCCAACCUGCGAACCAAGGGUAAACAGUAUUGUGGAAAGGGGGAGGAUCUCUGUCACAACGACUCAUUUGUGGUGAUCCACAACAGUGAGCUGAUGUGUGGCAGCAUGGACAAGGGCACCUUGGGAUCUGGCUCCAAAAACAACAUCUUCUACAUCCUGCUGAGAGACUGGGGACAGCUGGAGGCUGCCAAUGCCAUGUCCCGUCUGGCGAGACUCGCACCGGUGUAUUUGUCCAACCGGGGCUUUUCCAUUGGCAUUGGUGAUGUAACACCUGGCCAGGGUCUGCUGAAGGCCAAGCAGGACCUGCUGGAUGAUGGUUACAAGAAGUGUGAUGAAUAUAUCGAAGCCUUAGAUACUGGCAAGUUGCAGCAGCAGCCAGGUUGCUCGGCAGAAGAGACCCUGGAGGCUCUCAUUUUGAGAGAACUGUCUGUCAUUAGAGACCGAGCUGGCAGCGCCUGCCUCAGGGAGCUCGACAAGAGCAACAGCCCUCUGAUCAUGGCUCUUUGUGGCUCAAAAGGGUCGUUCAUUAAUAUCUCUCAGAUGAUUGCCUGUGUGGGACAGCAGGCCAUAAGUGGCUCUCGUGUACCUAAUGGUUUUGAGAAUCGCUCCCUGCCUCAUUUUGAGAAGCACUCAAAGCUGCCUGCAGCUAAAGGCUUUGUGGCCGACAGCUUCUAUUCAGGCCUGACCCCUACAGAGUUCUUCUUCCACACUAUGGCUGGUCGAGAGGGUUUAGUGGACACUGCUGUGAAAACUGCAGAGACUGGAUAUAUGCAGAGGCGAUUGGUGAAGUCCCUGGAGGAUUUGUGCUCACAGUAUGACCUGACAGUACGCAGCUCCACGGGCGACAUCAUUCAGUUUAUUUAUGGCGGUGACGGUCUGGACCCGGCUGUGAUGGAGGGAAAGGAUGAGCCACUGGAAUUUAAGAGAGUUUUGGACAACAUACGAGCAGUCUACUCAUGUCCAGAGGAGCCUUCACUCAGUCAGAACGAGCUGGUCCUCACGGCCGAUGCUGUUAUGAAGAGAGAGGACUUCUUGUGCUGCAGGCAAAGCUUCUUGGAGGAGAUAAAAAAGUUCAUUAAGAGCAUCUCAGAAAGGAUAAAGAAGACAAGAGACAAGUACGGCAUCAACGACAACGGCACCAGCGAGCCAAAGGUUCUCUAUCAGCUGGACCGCAUUACUCCCACUCAGCUGGAGAAGUUCCUUCAAACCUGCAGAGACAAGUACAUGAGAGCACAGAUGGAGCCAGGCUCAGCAGUGGGUGCCUUGUGUGCGCAGAGUAUUGGAGAGCCUGGCACCCAGAUGACCCUGAAAACCUUCCACUUUGCUGGCGUAGCAUCCAUGAACAUCACACUGGGAGUGCCUCGCAUCAAGGAGAUCAUCAAUGCCUCCAAGAACAUUAGCACUCCGAUUAUCACGGCACAUUUGGAUGUAGAAGAUGACGCCGACUUUGCCCGACUCGUGAAGGGAAGGAUCGAGAAAACUCUUCUCGGAGAGAUUUCGGAGUACAUCGAAGAGGUUUUUCUACCGGAUGACUGCUUCAUCCUGGUCAAAUUAUCACUGGAGAGGAUAAGGCUGCUGCGACUGGAGGUGAAUGCAGAGACGGUGCGGUACUCCAUCUGCAUGUCGAAGCUGCGAGUGAAGCCAGGAGACAUUGCAGUGCACGGGGAGGCAGUGGUGUGUGUGUCCCCGAGAGAAAACAACAAAAGCUCCAUGUAUUAUGUGCUGCAGUCAUUAAAAGAGGAGCUUCCUAAGGUGGUGGUUCAGGGAAUACCAGAGGUGGCCCGAGCUGUCAUUCACAUCGACGAGCAGAGCGGCAAGAACAAGUAUAAACUCCUUGUGGAGGGAGACAACCUGAGAGCUGUCAUGGCAACACAUGGCGUGAAUGGAAGCAGGACCACUUCGAACAAUACAUUCGAGGUUGAGAAGACCUUGGGCAUUGAGGCUGCUCGAUCCACAAUCAUUAAUGAGAUUCAGUACACCAUGGUGAAUCAUGGAAUGAGCAUUGACCGACGACACGUCAUGCUCCUCGCAGAUCUCAUGUCUUACAAGGGGGAGAUACUGGGAAUCACCAGGUUCGGUUUAGCCAAAAUGAAGGAAAGCGUGCUCAUGCUGGCCUCCUUCGAGAAAACAGCCGAUCAUCUCUUUGACGCCGCCUACUUUGGACAAAAGGACUCAGUUUGUGGUGUGUCUGAGUGCAUCAUCAUGGGGAUUCCAAUGAAUAUUGGAACAGGACUGUUUAAACUCCUGCACAAGGCUGACAAGGAUCCUUCUCCUGUCAAACGGCCUCUGUUGUUUGACAACACAGACUUCCAUAUACCUCUCCUCACGUAGCACAGAGCCGCAUGAAUGUUUGAAGUGGCUUCUCUUUCUUUUCUUCUCGGUGCCUGCAGGUGGAUUAUUAUGGGAUUGUCUUCAGAUAGAGGAGAUACUGAAGUGCCUGCCAAAUGUUAUCUACAAAAUGGGAAAACGUGUUGGUUUGUUUUUUUCUUGCUAUCACAGACUGAGAAAACUGCAUGUUAUUCGAGUUAAAUAAUUUAUUCUUGUUUCAUUUUGGAUCUUGUCCAAAAAUCCAGAAGAAUACAGGUCAUUUAUAAGAUC